GUAAAUGCAAUCUGUCUUAAAACUUAAAUCUCUGAGAUAUCCAAAAACUGGAUCUGCGUUGGAUAUUAAGUAGAAUUUGAAACAUCUUUCUGACAUUCUAUUAAACAUAUAUGUCUAAAACGUAUCAAUAGUAAAAUUCCUAGAGACAUACUAAAUAUGCAUAGCUGUAACUUAAAUAUGUUUGGAUAUUUCUUAUUAGAGAAAUUUUAAGAACAGAUACCAACCGUUAGAAUUAUCCGUUAAUUUCAUCAAUGUUUAUUAUGCUCAACCGUCAACUCGUUGACUGUCAACAAUAACGCGCCUAGUUUAAAUUAUUGUUUUUUGUACUUUUUUGGAUUUUUAUAAACUUUAUUUAAGUACAACUGAUUAUUCUAUAUUAUUUUAAACAAUUUUCUUUUCUUCAGUAUAUGUUUUAACAAGUAAAAAUUUAUGAUUUAUGCGGAACAAAACUUUUUAAGAUAUUCACUAUGGAUGCAGGCAAUGUUGUUAAUGCUUUUGUAUUAAGUGGAAAUCAAUAUGCCCUUCAUCAAAAUGAAGAUAAUAGGAAGCAAUUUCAGAGACACUUAGAAAUUUUAGUAUGCUUGACAGCUGAAGAAGCGAAUUUGUCGAUUUUUGAAAAUCACACUCUUUCUUCCUCUCAGUGCAUAACUCAUGUUGUGAACGUUCUCUUAGAUAAUGAUUAUAAGCAACCUCUUUUAACUCGAGCCUUAAAUGUUCUUCUUAACAUGACUCAAAAUAAUAAGUUAUUAAAAAAUUUACAACUUACGUACCAUGUUCACUCUGCUAUAUCUACAUUUUUGCAACAAUAUGGAGUUUCCAUAAAAGAUAAUUUAGCCAUACAAUGUCUGCAGCUUUUGGAGUCUGUUACGUAUGGCGUUAAGAUUGAUUAUUUAGAAAAUCAUUUUCAAAGCUUGAUAAGUAUUCUUUUCAAAUUUGUUUUAUCAGAAACAUCUCAAGUCCUUAAAAUUUCUCUUCACAUUUUGGCCAACAUAUGUCGACACAAUCCUAAAGUCCAAGUUCAUGUCUGUGGAUUGACAAAUUUUAAAGAAAUUUUCAAGAAACUUGUAACUAUGAUUAAUGGUGAAGUUCCUAUUAUCAUGUUAUAUGCCUUGUCUAUUUUAUAUAGUAUUACACCUUACAACAUCCUAGGAACUAAGCUGUGGACAGAUGAAAACCUCAUGUUGACCUUUGAUCUCAUAAUGAAAUUACUUACUUGCAAUGAUUAUGGUUCUGCAUCAACAGCUGUAGAUUUAUUUAUUGAUUUGAUUCAAGUCCCUAAACAUCUACAAUGCCUUACUAAAUCCCCACAUUUAAAUCGCUGCUUGCGAAAAAUUACUAAAUCACUGGAUAAGAUAUCACCUAAGCAGUGUGAAUUACUUCUUAAGUUUCUAAACUCAUUAUCUGGUACGGCAGGUAUUAAAGACAAGCUGUUGAGCAGUUUAUGUGUGCCUUGUGAAUCUCAGCGGGAACAGUCAUUAAAAAUUCAUCCCAAACUAACAUUGUGGUCCAUGAAAGGAAAAGAAGUCCCAGCUGCAAUCACAAUCGCAUCUUUGCAACUAAUAAGAAGUAUUGUAAUAUUUUUAGUUGAAAAAAGCAUUAUUGGAAUUGAAUAUGAUUUAAAGGACAUAAUAGUGGACAUAUUAGAGAACAUUUGCAACUCGUGUGAAAAUCUAAACGAUGAGUGUUUAGCUAUAAACCAAGUAAGUUUCGAUCUUCUGUCAUUCGUAUGCGAGAAAACUGACCUGAGAGUCUGCGUAGCUGAAAAACUAAAUCUCGAAGCUUUAGAGCAUUUUAUAAAAUGUCUUCUAAGAGAUAGUUUGCUGGAGGAAAAUCAGCAUCACAAACAAGUAAUUAACCUUUUCUUCUCGAUCACCGAAACCUUGUCUUCAUUAAUCGAUAUCUUACCUGAUUGCGAGGUUUUUCUGAGUAAGUUAUUGCAAGAUAAUGCUGUCACCAACUGUGUUGCUUUUGCUAUUACUUCCAAUAAUAAACAUCAGAUUAUCAGAAGUUUAUCCCUUCUCUCUCCUAAAAACAAUAAGAAUUCGUUAAAUAUUUUGUGCGAGAGCCUUUUAUCUAGGAGUGCAGAUUCGCAAAAAGUUUCUUCUCACAAAUCGGAUUCUACUGUGUUUUUCCCGUCAGAUACUAACCAAUCGAGUUUUAAGAAGAGCAAAUAUAGUGACAGUGCCUUUGAUGUUUUAAUGAACAAAAUUGAGAACGGCCUUCAAAUUAAAGAUUUGAAAUCUUCAGAAAUAAUGGAUCUGUAUGAACAUAAAAUUGCCAUGCUUACCCUUAAAGAACAGGAAUUUCAGAAUUACAUAGCUGCUAAAACACAAGCUUUACAGGAAGCAGACAGGAUCAUAACGCAGUAUAAGUGUCGCCAGGCCGAUGCAGAAGCAGAGGCGCUUCGACUGAGGGGUAUGAUGAAAGAUUAUGAAUGUCGCUGCGAAACGUCCGCAGCGAAAUUCACUCAAGAAGAACAGAAAAGGAAGAGAUUAGAAGUCAAUUUCGAUCUCGCUUGUCGAAAAAUUCAAGAAAUGGAACAAUCUGUAAUUGAACAGAGGGAAAUGACAAUGUCUCAGAUGACUAGGUUGACGGAACAAAAGAAAAAUGUCGAAGAAGAAAAGUUGAGACUCUUUGAGCAAAUUGCUUCCAAAGACCACGAGAAGAAAUUGCUGACGACUCAGCUGCAGCAAACGGAGGAAGAUCUGAGGCUUAAAAAUAAAGACUUGGAAGAACUUCAAGAGUCUAAAGAAGAUUUGAUUAGAGUUUUAGAAGAAACUAAAAAAUGUGCUGAAAAAUCUAAAUCUAAUUUUGAAAUGAAAUUAUUGCAAUUGCAAAGUGUUAUGGAUGCUGCUCAGCAAAAUAUUGCGUCGUUAGAGGCAAAAAAUGAAAGCUUAAUGAAUGAAAUGGUUCAAAAAUCUGAAGAUUUUUCUCAUAAGAUAGACGAUUUGACCGGAGAAAACAAGCAAUUGGUGGAACAACUGAAGAUGAGAGAUUUAAAAAUUGAAGAUAUGAAUGAAGCUUUUAGAAAAUUAAAUGAGAGUUUGCAAGAGAAAAGCAACACAAUCCAAGAGAACGAGUUGUUGCUGUUCAAACUUAGGAAGGAUUUUGAACAGUUAGAAAACCAAAGAAUGAAAUUGAAACAGGAUAAAGGAAUGCUAGAAUUACUCUGUAAAAAGUAUGAGGCUUCUAUCGAAGAAAAAGAUUCUACAAUUGAUAAAACAGUAUGUGAACUUGAAACUCUGCGAAAGGACUUUGAUGAAUCUGUAUGUAAUAGUGAAAAACAGAUUCAACAUUUAAAAGAUGAACUGGAAAAGCACAAAUAUAUAACUGAAAUGAUCCAUAAUAUAACCAGUGGUAAUAAAUUACCACCCAAGACAUAAUUUUUUUUGUAUGUAUAGUUUAUUUUUAUAUUAGUUUAUUUAUACUGGAUUAUCUGGCAAUUGUCAAUAUUAUUUAUAAAAAUGAAGAUGUUCUUUAUUUCGAUUAUUUUUUAAGUUUUAAUUUCAGAAGCAUGAAAUUAUUGACAUAAAUUUCCUUAUUGGGACCUGUACCAUAAUUAGCACCAAGUUCUGCCGAUAACCAGGCAAUGGUGAAAAACUAAACGAAAAAACACAAAAUAGUGCAAACUUAAAAUCCAAACUCGUAAACAAUUCCAGCUUGCCAGUAAAUUCUGAAUCCAAAAACCGAGGCAACGGUUAACGUUUACAUUUUUCGCGUACAGGUACCCAUUUGGAAAUAUCUCCAAUUAUUUCAAGAUUUUUAUUGUGAUUCCUUGUUUAAAAUUUAUGAACCAGCAUGUAUGAAA